CAUAAAUAAUUCACUCAGCUGUGCAGUCUCUGGAGCACGACAAAAGGAAGGCUUGGAUUGAUUUGGGGCAUAAGGUCUCGUUUGUCCCCGGAUUUCUUUUGUUGUUGUAGUAACAGCAGCAGCAGCUUCUCGCCAGCUGGGAGAUGCGCUGAGGAGGGCGAGCAGCAAGGGAGCUCGGAGUGGGUGCAGCUUGAAAGCUCCAGACGUUGCAGAAUGAGUGCGUCAGAAACAGGGAGAGGAAAGGGGAGACCAGAAGGGGAGGGACGGCGAUGAUGCUAUCGGGCGCCCAGCAGCGACGUCGAGAAGAGCAGAAGGUGAGCCGAGGUGGACUCUUUAGUUACCAACGCAGCCCCCUUCCAGCCACGACCACCCCUGCACCUUUUCUUGCAGCCCCAGAGGACCUAGAUUUGCCCGAGGGGAUGGCCUUCCCUGUGGAUUUGCUAGAUAACUACAGUCAUGAAGACCUGGAGAGUUCUGGAGAAGAUUAUCUGUCUGAUCUUAGGUGCGGGGAUCCAGAAAACCCAGAGUUCCUGUCUCUUGCCAAUAAUGUCAAAAUUCCAAUUUGCUUAUCAACAGUAGGCUUCGUUCCACUUUAUGGCGGAGAGGAAAGACACAAAGUCCUUGCUUUGUUUGCGCCAGAGGAUUCACUCAAAGCGGUUGCCCUGUUCCUUGCUGAUCAGUGGUGGACUAUUGAUGAUAUUGUGAGAACAUCUGUCCCUUCUAGAGAAGGACUUUUGCAGGUGAAGUCCAUUGGGGAGAGAAUAGCUCUUUAUGUGCUAAAUAGAAUAAUUUAUCGCAAGCAAGAAAUUGAGAAAAAUGAAUACCCGUUCCUUUGUCAUGGUAGCCACGAUUAUGCGAAAGUUUUAUGGAAGAAAGGAGAGGCAAUUGGUUUUUAUUCUGUUAAGCUUCCAGGAAGCAUAUGUAGUGCCUUUCUUACCCAGAGCUACCAGCUUCCAGUCCUUGACACAAUGUUUGUGAGGAAGAAACAUAGAGGGAAAGAGUUUGGACUACUCAUGCUGGAAGAUUUUGUGGAUUCUUUCAAAGAAGAUGCCCUUGGCCUGCGGUUCCCACUCACAUCAUUUAUGCGUGUUGCUUGCCAGAAGUAUUUUGAAAGGUACCCAGGGGAUCAUGACCUUCUGUGGGAAGUUGAAGGAAUUGGCCACUGGCAUCAGCGGAAACCAGUAGCUACCAUAUUGCAGAGAGAGAGUUUCAAAUAUAUAGAAGGCUCACAGAAAGAAAGCAACAAUUCCCAGGUUGAAGGUAGCUUUCUGCAGACUGCCGUGGACAACACAACAAGUGAACAAGCAUCAGAGCCCAGAGAAGCACAGCUAAGUGCUGAUACUCAUAAAAACAAAGAUGGCUUAGAUGUAUGUGAAGGUACUUCGCAAGCUAAAUUUGCGGGGGGGUUUCUUCCCCCAGAACUUAAUGCUACUCAGCUUUCUAAUAGAUCAAGAAGCAAUAAUCUCAAACGUCCUAAGUUGGGGAAAAGGACCCAAGAACCUGAAAUUCUUGGUGAAGAUAUCAACAUUUCGCAAACAUCAGAAAGCAGACUGGAACAGGUUGCACAUGUAUCUGAAAGUUCAGAACAGUUGAUAGAGCAGAUGGAAGAAAAUGUGGUUGAAAGUGAGCAGGAGGUGUUAGUUGAAAAUCAAAAACAACAAGCCCAAGAAGCACCACAGCUAUGUCCUGCAUCUGAGAAGCAGAAUGAUAAAGAGGAAGUGGAUGUAGAGCCACUUAAUGGAGAGCUAAUGGAAGAUGCUAUCAAGGUGUCGAUAGUGACUGAAGGGCAAACAGCAAGUGAAGUUGUGGACGGAGAAUCAAAGUUGCCAUCAGAAAAUCCAGAGGAAACAACUUUAACUUUACUUGUCCCAUUAAUCCUUGAUUCUUCAGUAAAAUCCACUGAAGACAGUGAUGACAAUAUUUCUGAUAAGUUUGACAACAUGGCAGAUGCUGAAAUGCCUCCAGAAGAGGAACAACAAACGAGACAAAGGAAAAGGACACUUGUUCAGAAUUCAGAUCCUGUUGCUGCCGCAGAAAAGGAAGAACCUGCCAACAAUGGUCUUUCGAACUCUGUAGCAACAGCUGAGGCUCUGGAAGACACCCUGUCUGAGAAUGUGUCUCCUAACACAACUUCGUCCAUGGAAGAUCAAAGCGAGGAGGGAGGAUCUGAUUCUCCAGAGGCCCCUGUUGUUCUAGGUCAGGGUGCUUUAGUGAUGGUUGAACUGGAGGAUAUCUCAUACCCGCAUCACCCAGAGGGGCAAAAGAACCAACUGGAUGAACAGUCUGAAGAGUCAGCUGAGCCUGCGUCUGAGAGAGCUGCAGAUAGCAGUUCAGAGGAUGUGGAAAUUGAGGUGCCCGUAGUAGACAGGCGGACCUUACGAAGAAAGGCCAAAGGAUACAAAGGACCACCCAAGAAAAAAGGAAAGCUAAUUUGAAAAGAGAAACAUCUUCACCUAGUUGGAUCAUUUGCUGUGUUGUAUUUUUCUUUCUUUCUUUUUUAAAAAAACAAGCUAUGAAACUACAUGGACCACCAGGGCACACACAUUGUAUUCGAACCCCCAAAUCACUCCAUUUCCCCCAAUUAGUUAUUUAUUUUGUGUGUUUAACCACUAUAUGAGGAGAAUGUAUUGGGUAUGAAAGUAAAUGGCCAGUCAUGUUAAAAAUAAGAUGGAAGAACCCAUUUUAGCCCAGUUUGUUUAGGCACAAAAACUUUGCCUCAAGCCACAUUAGAGAUGUUGAAAAGCCAAAUUGCAUCUUGCACUGUAAAUUCCUAAGCUUCCUGAUGUGGCUCUUGAUUUGCAAGCCACUAUUUACAGUAACUGAAGUGAGUUCAAGUGCUACCCAUUCUCCACUGUGUUUUUAUUAUAUGUCAGAUACUUCUCCAGUUCUAGCUUAGAGAACGUGCCAUUAGUCUGCUCCGCAUGAUAUGGAAGUAUUAAUCACACACCCUGGUAACUUCAUAGGCUUAUCAGGUACAGAUGCUAUGACUAUAGUUAUUUUUCAGAGACUGUAUCAUUAUUUUGUAGCAAAUUAAAAGCCUGUUUUGUAAUAAGAGAAAUACAGGAUAUCUGACAUUAUUUCUGCUUAGUUGUGAACAUCCUUCCCUACUGAAUCUUUGGCUCUUCAUGGAUGCUAUACCCAUGUUCAUUAAACCAAGUGUUAAUCAGCCUUUCCCAACCAGUGUGCCUCCAGAUGUUGUUGGACCACAACUCCCAUCAGCCUCAGCCAGCAUUGCCUAUGGUUAAGAAAAAUGGGAAUUGUGGUCCAACAACAUCUGGAGGCACACUGGUUGGGAAAGGCUGUGUUAGAUGUUCCCAACUAUGGACCUGAAUUCUCAGUUUUGUAUUGGAGUCGUCUUGUUUUUUCACCUGUGAAUAAAGCAGAUUGUUUCUUUUCACGAAUGAAGCUUCUAAUAUACUGGCUAGAAAACUGAACAAUAAUUAAAAAUAAGUAAGAUAAGAACCUCAGAUUUGUAUGGUUAUAUCUUUUUAUAAGUAAUGGCAAUUGGCAAGGUUCAUCAAGAAUGUCUUAAAUUUGAGGUAAUUUCUCUUUUAGUGUGUAUUAAUAAAAAGGUUCACUUGAAUAGCAUUCAGAGAUUUUGAUUUUAAUGUGUUGACAAUUGGUCUGUUUUGGCUUUCUGGUUGUACAAACUUUCCGGCUAUUUUCUAAUAGCUCAGUGGACUGCCGUUUUUUUAAAAAAAGCCUCUUACUUUUUCUUGUCUUGACAAAAUAGCUGUUUGGUUUUUUUAAAAGCAUGUCAUGGGAAGCUUUGGAUUUGAAGUGUAUAGAAUUGCUGAGUUGAAUCUGGAUUUUCAGGAUGUUUUUUUCUACCAAUGUACAUUUUGUAUAUUGUGCAUUAGAAGUGUACGUGCAGCAAUUUUAGUUGUUUGUAAGAAAAUAUAUUCAAGUGAACCUUCAGCAUUUCUAAUGUUUGAUUAAACACUUUCUUACAAAGCACAUAACUGUUUAAGGCUUAUCUCUUGUAUUAAGAAUUUUUUUGUAAAAUAAGACACCAUGACAAUUGAAGAAUUGUCUACAGUUUUUUGCUAUCUCAUUAGGACUGGAAUUUUUGAUGGAAAUUGGGGGGGUAGACUUUGCGUACAGAGUUUUAACAAAUAUAGGAUAUGAAUGUUAGGUGUAUUGGGCUACACAUUAAUAAUUAACACAUUAAUUUCAUGGGACUUUACCAUUCUUGCUCUGUAAGUCAAAACUACGUUUUGUGUAGUGACUCAAACCUGUAUUCUGGAUUGUAGUGAUUCAAUUAUAACUGUUUUUAAAUCAGUGUAUUUUCCCCCAAAUCAUACAUUGGUCUUGCUGCAUUUAAUGCCUUAGAACUUUGUUAGUGGAGUCAAUUUUUGUCUUCAUUCCGUAAUUUAAAUCGGUCUGUAGUAGCAUCUUAACAUUUAUUUCUUCUUUGAUUGUUCAGCUUCUCCACCCUGCUAGGGUCUCACCAUAAGGAAAUUUUAAGGUGCUUUAAUCUUCAUGGCAGUGGUUUCAGGACCAUGCCUUUGGUUGCUUUGUGUAUAAAUUGGAGUAAUAAGUUUUUCUCUUUUUAUCCAAACAUGGGAAAGAUUUUCCUGUCUGGAAUACCCUGAUGUGUGAAUUGUUCCGAGUUAUUCUUGUUUACAUUCAUUUAAUCAAAAUAAGAAUGUGUCUCACAUCAUGCUUUGUUUACAAAAUGUAGCUUUAAUAUGUUUACUAGAGAGCUUAGGAGAGUUAAAUGGAGUAUCUAAAUCAGCCUUUGUGACCUGGUGCUCUCCAAAUAUUUUGGACUACAACUCCCAUUAGCCCCAGGUAGCACAUGCUGCCUGGGGUUGAUGGGAGUUGUAAUCCCAAACAUCCAGAGGGCACCAGGUUCACAAAGGCUGAUCUAAGUAUGAAGACCUAAGUAUGGGUAAUGUGUAGCCUGGUUAUAGCUUCACUCUUCCUGAUGGAGCCACAGCUGGAUGGCCACAUUCUGGUUACUUCCCAACUAAAUUUUUGUUCCUCUUCAUUAGCUCCUUUUACUACUACACAGCUAGAAACAUCAAAUUACUAGAACUAUGCUGAAAGAUCAGUUAAGAACAGGCUUGUAAAACUAAAUGAAACAAGACUAUGCCAUUGAAAUGUUACGCAGCUUAAAACAAGUUCUUGAAGGGUUAUUGUUCAGCAUUGAAGUUUUGUAGGCAACCUUAAAAGACCUAUGAUGCUUGCAAAGAAAAAAGGACCAAAUUCUUUGUGACUAAAACAUGAUGUGGGAUAUUGCAUACAAUCCAAAUGCAGUAUUAUCAUUUCCUUUUUUUAAUUGCAGGAUACAGCCUAAAGAAUGUUAGUUUGUGAACUCAACUUUGCUUAUAUCUGUGCAGUUCUACAGGAUCUCAAUAUUUGUUUGGAUGUCUUACUGUUUCUCCUAAUGCCUACAACGUGCUUUUAGAUCCCACGCUCCACCAUUUUCAAAAGGUUUUAUUUCAUGCAGAACUGCUUUACUGAAUUCAUUGCAUGAAACAUGUAGGACUUCCUCUUGUGUUAGGAAUAAAGCCUUUUAACGUUUAGCUGAACAGAAGCUUUUUGCAGUCUUUUUGUUUAUGCACACUGCCCAAGUUUUCCCAGAACCUUUAGUGCUAUUAUCUUGGUUCACAAAGAAAAGCAAUAUACACUUCAGGUUUCAGAUCCAUACUUGUUUUCAAGAUCAUUGCAGCGUUCAAGCUUCAGUUUAAGGCACUUGUCUCAAACAUGGCAUUAGAUGUUCUGUGGACUUGUUAUGUUUGUUAAUCUCUUUAUGUGAUACUGUUGUACACUAGUGUUCUUAUUUGAUGUCUUUCAGUUUGACCCUUCCUAGUAGCAGUAUAAAUUAUUUGAUUGUGUUUCAAUAGUAAUUAAAGUUAUUUUGUAAUUUC